CUAUAACCAGAACCUGUUACCUAAGACUGAGCAAUACGUGACCAGCGUAGGGCUCAACCUUGAAACUUAAGGUUGGUGGUUCAUCAAGAGUGCCCCAAGCAUUUACCACUGAUCCCAGGACUCGCUUUAUAGAAUGAACACAUUCUUACACGUUCCUCCGGGUUUUCGAUUCCACCCAACGGAUGAGGAACUGGUGGAUUACUACCUUAGGAAAAAGAUUUCUUCAAGGAGGAUCGACUUGGAUGUCAUUAAAGAUGUAGACCUUUACAAAAUUGAACCAUGGGAUCUCCAAGAGAUAUGUAGUCUGGGGACAGAGGAUCAAAAUGAAUGGUACUUUUUCAGCCACAAGGAUAAGAAGUAUCCGACAGGAACUCGAACAAAUAGGGCAACUGCAGCUGGAUUUUGGAAAGCAACUGGCAGAGACAAGGCCAUCUAUUCGAAGCAUGACUUGAUUGGUAUGAGAAAGACCUUAGUCUUCUACAAAGGUCGAGCCCCGAACGGGCAGAAGUCGGAUUGGAUCAUGCAUGAAUAUAGACUCGAAACUGAUGAAAAUGGCGCUCCACAGGAAGAAGGGUGGGUGGUAUGCAGGGUGUUCAAGAAGAGAAUAGCCACAGUAAGGAGAAUGAACGAGCACGAAUCGCCAUGUUGGUACGAUGAACCGAUGUCGUUUAUGCCCAACUUGGACUCACCAAACCAAAGCUCACACUCCAAUUUUAUUCCUCACCAUGUUUCCAGCUUCCCAUGCAAGAAAGAGGUAGAUUUGGGCUACCAACAACCUCACCCUCAAGACCAUUUCCUCCACUUACCCCUUUUGGAGAGCCAAAAGUUGCUCCAAUCAGUCACCAACACCUCAGCAUUUGCCCUAGACAUCAACCUCCAAGCCUCCAACUUCCAACCGUCAGCUCAAAAACAACAAAACAUGGACCAAAAUUUGCUGUUUUUGUUCGAAAACAACAACAACAACAAUGAACAAACAAUGGAGGAUCAGCUCACAGAUUGGCGUGUGUUUGAUAAGUAUGUUGCUUCGCAGCUCAGCCACGAGAAUGCUUCCAAGGAAAUUAACAGCUACUCGUCAGAUGCUCCAAAUGUUGCAGUCAGACAUUCGGACAAGCAAGAACUUAUGGUUCCAGAUAAUGCUCCAACAUCUACUUCAAGUUGUCAAAUUGAGCUGUGGAAGUGAGACCACUUAUUAUUAUUAUUAUUUUUUUUAUAAUGGUUAUUACUUGAUAUUAUAUAAUAAUUAAUAGAAUAUUAUUAG